AUGGCAGGUGUCGAGGGUUCGCCACGGCGCCGUUCCAAGUCGCGCAAACGGGACGCCGGGGAACGAUGGUACCGCGACUGGUAUGUCCACCCUGCUUUGCUGUUACUGCGUGUCUUGCUCGCUUUUGUUUGCGGUCAUCGUCCUGUGUUGUCGGGCGAGAGGGAGCGUCUAGUUGAACAUCCCGAUUCUACCGAAGGCCGCGAACGAGAGCGCGAGAGAGACGUCGCGCGCGAAAGAGCAUGGACUGCGGAUGCGACUGCGCCCGGGGAGACGGAUGUGCGAUCGCCGAUCGAGCGGUUUCGAAAGCCCCCCAACAAGGCCUUCUCCGUCACCGACCUAAUCUCCCCCGCCUGGUGUGAGUUGCAGUAUUGGUACACAUUGACAAAGCAUGGGAGGAAGCGGAGGACUGCGGCCAUGAAACAAGGCAGCACGAUCCACAAGACGCUGGAAGAUGAGGUCCACACGACGGUCCCGAUCGAGAUCACCACGAAGGAGGAUGCGAUGGCACUCAGAAUCUGGAAUGUCAUCCAGGGCCUGCGCACGCUGCGGGAGUUCGGGAUCACACGGGAGCUGGAAGUCUGGGGACUUGUCGAUGGGGAACUCGUGAAUGGGGUCAUCGACCAGCUCUCCUACGAGUGUCCUGACGCCGAGCUCGAGGCGUCGGCCGCGUCGUUCUAUGCCGACGUGGAGGCCUCCAGGGCUGUCAUGCCCGAGUACCAGAUGUCGCUGACGGAUUACCUGCUAUCGCCUUCGCAGGGCGGGAAACGGCUCUCUGAUAUAUCCUGGAACGAGGAAAACCAGCGCUGUUCGGACGAGCCCUCCAGCUCUGACCCCCACAGUAGCCAGGGCCCCUCCGAGACAUUCGAUAUGCCCCGUGUCUACCUGACGGAUAUCAAGACCAGAGCCAGCAAUUCAGUGCCCACGGUGAAGAGCACGUCGUUCCGGCCAACACUGCUUCAGCUUCAGAUGUACUACCAUAUGCUCAACCGCCUAAUCACGAGUGAGGACGUCUCCAUCGAGCUACUUGCAUCACGUUACAACCUAGACGCGGAGCGUACCUUCACAGACGCCUUUAUCGCAGAAGUGGGCGGCUUGAACGACCAGUUCUUCGACGCGCUGUCUACCACCGAGUUUGACCCCGACUUUAUCCCCAGCCCAGAGGACGUUAUCACCCGACGGCCCUCUCAUGCCGAUGCGAGUAGCGCGGAAGAUGGGCCCCCCGGCAGCCAGGACUCAACCAGCGUCCUCCUUGCACAUAACAAUCUAUCCAGCCUCUGGAAGCUGAUGAAAGAUCAGCUCCGUCUCACCUUCAUACCGGAUUCAUCUUCUGCCGUUUCAGUCGCACCAUCCAUCCCUUCUGAAUUCCAACCUCAUAUCCUUGAACCGUACCAAACGCUCAUCUCCCCCCUCCUGACUGCUCGGUACCUUUCAUCGGAGCCCACGGCAGACCUUCGACCGCGGGUCCUUGGCAGUCGAUCGUUUCUGUUCGACCCCACGACUAUGACGUCCUACCUCUCCGACCAGAUGGAGUGGUGGCGUGGACAGCGCGACCCCCGGGGGGUAGAGGUCAUGGAGGCGUGGAAAUGUCGCAUCUGCGAGUUUCGCGAGGAGUUUCAUGGUAUAAAGGAGGUGUCAAUUAGAGAAAAGCAGAGAUAUAAAGUGCAAUAUAUGGCAAUCUUCACAGAGGAUAACUUCGAACCUCAUCCUCCUUCUCUAAUUCCAACCCGGCAGCGACUUGCUCCUCGCACAUACGGUUCCUUCGCGAUCUCAGUGACGGGUUCGAAAUACGUGCGGAUGGUGAACACCACCGCCCCUGAUCGCGAAAUGAUGCUCGAUGUCCUUGUUCUUAGCCGCCGUGUUCCACGACACCUCGGGCGCGUCCUCAGGCCCGAUGCUAUGCGACCACGGCAGGCUAUCGUCCACCUGGAUGAAGUAGUUGUUGCGGAGCACGGGGUCCUCGGGCCGCAGGCGGCGGAAGAAGUUCAUCAUUCCUUUCUCCAGCUUCUCCUUGUACCCUGGGACGUCGCCCGAGGUGUGGAUGUCGGACAGGCGCAUGCCGAACUUGUCCUCGAGCCGCCAGAAGCCCGCAAGGAGGAUUGCCCCGGCCAGCAGAUAGUACUCGCCGUCGGGUUUCUCGAACAUCAGCGCGAGGUCGUCCUGCACGAGACGCGCGGACGUCAUCAUGGGGUCUUCGGGGAGGGGCCGCUGCACGAUGUUGAAGGAUUCGCCGGUGACGAGGUUGUCGAUUCCGACGGCGGUUCGGCGGAACAUGCUGGGGUAGCGCUCGGGGAGGUAGGAGGCCCUGGAUUGAGAAGGGGAUGGUUGGUGAGCAGGUGUUUGCAGUGUGGGCGUGGAUGUACACGUACAGCUCCUCCAGGAGCUCGAUGGCUCCGUCCAUAG